AGUCCACAUGGGGUGGAUGCAAGUGAAGAGAUGGGUCUCCUUCCUCCCGGCGGCCUUCGUGGUGUACAUCCUCCUCCACUACCUGGUCUACCAGCCGGACCUCACCGGCCCCCACUCUGCUGUCCUCGUUGGCGGACGACGCAGCAACGAGAGUGUGAUGGCGGGCGGGAGGACGCUACAGAGUGGCCCCCGCGUCCUGCCGCCGCUGCCGCAGGACGCCGCAGACACUGACGCAGCCGCCAGCGACGCCAGCGACGCCACCACCGCAGACAGCCUGGCGGCGGCGAGCACCAGCCGCCACUACGAAAACUCCUCCGUCGGCCAAGGUAGUGGCGGCCAUGUUGUCACCUCCACCAGGUUUGACAGUGUGUCUAGGGCUGCCUUGGAGGAUUCCGGUGGGUCCAGUGUUGCUCUGGAGGAGUCCGGUGGUUCCAGGGCUGCCCUGGAGGAGUCCGGUGGUUCCAGGACUGCCCUGGAGGACUCUAGUGGGUCCAGGGCUGCUCUGGAGCAGUCCGGUGGUUCCAGGGCUGCCCUGGAGGACUCUAGUGGGUCCAGGGCUGCCCUGGCGGAGUCCAACCCCGAGACUUCUCCUACCUCACCCGACCAGCCCACUGCCCUGCUGCGUCACCUCGCCUCGGAUACCCCCCAGGUCCCUCCUGUCCCUGGGGCAGGCGUGUCCCGUGCCCCUAUACCCCCUGUGUACGGCCACCAUGCCCGUAGAUCAGGUGUCCCCGCGUACCCCCAGUACCGCAGUACCGCGUCGUACCGCAGUCUCCCCUACAUCCGGCCGGUCUACAGGUCCCCAUAUGACUCCUACAGCAACGCCCCCAGCAGAGAGAAGGCCGUGAAGCACGCCCACAGCCACGCCAAGAUGGGCGGCCUCCCCGCCCCGGAGAACGACCUGUCGGCGGUCUACGACUCGUUCGCGUACCCGGACAGUCGUGACCUGACCAUGGGGGAGGAGCUGCCCCCUGUGGCUCGCCCAGGUAACCAGCGGUGCAUGGCGCGGGUGUCUGUGUGCCCCCUAGGUCACACACCCUAAGGGGCGACGCCCCCCUUGAUGGCUUCGUCUGCAUGUUUGGGAAAUAUUUCUCCGUUCUCUCUAGUUCCCUUCCGUUUUCUCUCUCUCGAGCUCAAUGGGUAACUUUAACACCCAAGUGAGCAGUGCAUCCCAUCUCCUAUAAGCGGCUUCCUGUGUAGACUGGGGUCCUGUGUAGACUGGGAUCCUAUGUAGACUGGGGUCCUGUGUAGACUGGGGUCCUGUGUAGAGUGGGCUAUCCAUUUCCUUAUAGCCUCUGUAACGUACAAGGAAAACUUUGCAUGCAUUGGAAAUCCUCUUUUAAGAUCCAUUUAUCUUUGCUGUGUUCUGAGGACCAAUAGUGUGGCGCUUGGCCGCCAGGGUGGAUCAACUACACUGUUGGUGGGUAUGUGCCUGCCUGGGGCAUGUUGUGUUUACUGUUUAGUCCUCCAGGAGCGAGCUCGUAGCUCUUGGGCCCCUCGCUCCGCCUCUCUAAUCAUCGAUUCUACUGACUCCCGACAUAUUCUCUCUCUGUCUCCUGUCGUCUCCCUC